CUGUUAGUUUAUACCAGCACUGUGAUAAAGAUAUUGGAUAUUGGAUAUUGUAAUUACAUUCAAACGGUGCGUCUCCUCAUAUGCGUUCAAAAACAAACGAAUGGCUUUUAAAGGAGAUAUCCAACAGUAAAAUUCAUACAAUUCUGCCAAAACUCGAUGGACCAGGCAUCGAUAUAUGCUACGUAAACUGUGAGGAUGACUUGGCCGUUCACAAAGAUAAAUUAAAAGAAUUACGCAUCUGCAUAAAAAGGGCAUUAACGACUACAAGGGUAGUCGGUGGACCUAUAAUUCUAUUGGUUGGACCUACGGGUUCUGGCAAAACUACUGCAGUUGAAGUUCUUUCCCGUUCUGUCUUUGGUACAGUUAACGUUGUCCAGUUUCUGGAUGAAGGGAUUGGUUAUGAUGAGUAUACAGAAAUCGAAAAGUUUGUUCUGUCUUCUGGAGUUUACGGUGGACAAUCAGUCAUGUCUUCUGAGUCUGGAAAGUCACUAGAGUGCACCUCUCCGAUAACAGUUAUGAUCCUAGAAAAUCUUCCUACUGUUGUUAGUGAACAUCCUUCGCGCUUUCAUAACCUCCUUCGUCUUCACAGUACGCGUGCGUGUGUAAAUUGCUUAUUGGUUCUUAUUUUGUCCUCUUCUACAUUCACCGAAAACGAUUUGUGUGAAAGGAUUAUUUGUCCUCCUACCUUAUGUAGUGAAUUACUUAUACAGCGCAUAGAAUUCAAUCCCGUCGCACCAACUCUCGUAGUCAAGGCAUUAAGUAGAAUUGGGAAUAUUUUGGCUAAACAGAUGUACGGUAGCUACUCUUGCUAUCAUAAGUACCUGGGGAGUCUGGCAGUAGUGUUAUUCGACUAAAAAAAGAAACUGUCCUGAGUAAUGCUACGUGUCAUUGUAUAAGGACCUGACUGUUUAAAACGAAGUAAAUGGAGCACGAUUCGAUCCUACAACUUUAUGAUCAGCGGUCAAAUGUUUUAAUCAAUAUGCCACUUACAUCUGCACCAAUCGUUAUCCAUCGUACUUAGUGUUUUUCUUAGUGAAUAGUCAUCCAUUUAACUUUGGAACUAUCGAAAUCCUCACUUAAUACCCCUAAAAUAUUUGUGAAUUGAAGCAGAACUAUGAAAUUCACAAUUUCUAGGAUAAACAACGUUUACCGCUAAAAAAUAAUAGUUCUAUGAGACUCUUGGUUUAAAACUACCAUCUCGUCAAUUACUGCAAUCUAUAGCGAAUGACUGUUCUGGGGAUAUUCGAUCUGCUGUUAAUCAGCUUCAUUUUCAGCUUACUUCAGAGAGAGGAAAUUGGAAUAAUUCUACACUGCCACAUUCUCAUCGAGAUGGAGUUUUAUCACUAUUUCGUACUAUAGGUAAAAUUCUCUAUUGCAAAACGUAUUAAUGUGAACCGAUGGACGUUUGCAUCAUGGUGAAUUAUAUGUCGGAUUGAUUUCUAAUAGGCAAUGAAACUGUCAUGUUAACUUCCAUAAUAAACUUGUUUUUUUUCCAAAUUUUCUUAUUCAGAGUUAAAACCAAUUAAAACAGUCUUAGUUUAAAUAUAAUAAUAAUUAGUUCUAAAUCAACAUAAUAGAAAAUAUUGUGACAUGAUAAAACCAAGGAAAAGUAUUGUAAGUGCAAAAAAAUAUUGGAACUACAAAUCAGGCAAAUAUAGCAAUUCGUGUAAUAGUUUCAGUUGUCAUUUUCUGAGAGAUAUAGAUGAAGAAAUGAUUUGAAAUGCGAUCGCAAGUUAAACAUGGAAAAUAUGGUUGAAAAGUAGCAAAAAAACAUCGGUUAAUGUAGAACUACUUGAUUAACAACUGUGAGAUGUGUGAAACAGAUUUUUAUCUUGUAACCGAAUUUCGUCUUGAUUAAAACAUGACGAAUUAUUCCACACAUUCCUAAUUAUUGUGUUAUUCCAAUUUCUUUCAUGAUGUUGUGGUAGUGUUUUGAUGUAGUGAUUUUCCUCUUUGCCGGUUUUCUUUUGCCAGGAAAGCCAGUAAACAAUGAACAAAUUGUAUCAAGCUUGGAUAAAAAGGAAGGUAAAUUACCAUCACAUUUAGUAACAUGGAGGCGACCUCCACUUGAAUUUGAUCUUGAGGUAAUCGCCUACUUAUUAACACAUUUGACUGUUAGUUCACAAUUAAGUUUCCAUAGUAUGAGCAGAUUAACUAUCCUGUUUUAACAUAUUAGUAUAAUUUCAUUGAAAUCAUGAGCAGAUCUAAGUUAGACCACCAUUAAAAACAUGUAAACACUGGACGGCCGUUUCAUUCUAGAAUGAGACUAUUCAGCAGUGCUCAUCCACAAGUUCGCAUCCAAAAAUCAAACUCAGGAUCUUUGGUCUCACGCGCGAACGAUUAAUCUCCAGACCAUUGAGUCGGCAUUCAACGCUCUUAUUGUCUAAUUUCAAUCAAUCUACGAUAUUGCGUGACAAUUUUCAACAGUUUGCCUUACACCCGAUAAGGAUUAACUCCACUAAUCAGGACUUCUUACUAGGACUCUGGAAAUUCUUUUUUGAGGCUAGUUAUUAAUGAGCAAAUAAUAAUUACUGGUAAGGAGUUGUGGAGAUUGCAUAGUUUCGUUGAAACUAUGUAUCCAAUUACUUAAUCAAUUUUUAAAAUUGACUUAUGGUCUUCAAGGUAGUUUUUGUUGUUGUCAUAAGUAAUAAAUCAAGAUAUACCAUUGAUGAUAGUCAACGAAAUCAUUUGAUGUUCAACGCAGCCAUGUUGGAAGGUGCGAGAUUUUUAGUUUGAGCUAUCGAGAUAAUAAUAAAUUGUAGUUAAAAAUUAUAGAUGGAUUGGCACAAAUGUGAUUUCUCUACUUUUUCCCGUAUAUCUUAAGCUCACUAGUAUUAUUUCAUACUAGUUAUCUCUCGAUGUUAUUUGUUCCUUUCAAACUACACUUUGUUUAUCAGAUACUCUAAGUUAGGUCAUAAAUUUGUUUUACAGUAUAUGGAGCAAAUAAUUCCUCUUUCCUUCAAAAUGCUCCCUAUCUGUGACAAUGUAUGUGUUUCAUCUCUGUUUCCAUUGGUUCAAAUAUCUCUUCAAUUCCUCAAAAGUCAGAAUCUUAAGCUAACUAAUUGUUUAACAAUUUAUCGUUGCCACAGAAAAAUUUUACAUUCUGUGAAUGAAAACAAAUUUCGUGAGAUUGACUUUCGUAAGUGGGAUAGCUAGUUGAUCUGGUAUUCUAACGAUCUCUGCUGAUGUCCAUGCAUUCUGUCACCUAUUUAUCGAGUAAGCCAUGUAUCUAUGGUGUAGCUUUUGGUGAUUAUUGAUUCGACUUACGCUCAUCUUGUUAGUUCCAUCUCCUGGUGUGCUGACGAAAAAUGUAAAAAAUUAGUGGGUUACAACACUAUACUAAAUUGUAAGUUACUUAUGGUUGGCUAAGGAAACAUGCAAGCCCAUACAUUCGGCUUCAUUUGAAAUAUUGUUCAAUCUAGGAGCUAAACAGAAGCACAAAGUGUAUGAUACACUGGCAGUAUGUUUUUUGACAAAUGGUGGAUAAUAAGGUGAUGCAACCAAAAUAGCUAUCCCUAAAACUACCGUAGUGUGACGACAAGAUAUUAGAUAAUUUAUAGGUGCUUUUUACAAUUAUGUUACAAGUCUUACAUAUGAGCAUAAUCCAAUUCAGUGUAUACAGAAUUUUUCUCAUAGGGUUUAAAAAACUUUUAAAUCAUUAAGUAAAUGCUCUUAUCCAAGUGCUAUUUCAGUUGGUAUUUGUUUGGACGUGAAAAUUGCCUUGAUCCACUGAUGACCUUCGGUACGAAUUUAGAGUGCAUAUUAUCAUUCGAUACUUUUUUCCUAGUUGUGAUGCUGACCGAUUUUAUUUGUGGUAACAUUUUCUCAAAUAAUAUACUCCAAGAAAUCCUGCUUUAGUAAAAACGACUAUUACUGUGGAAAUCGUAUGCUAUCAAAUGCCUCGUGUAUGUUGUCAGUGUUUCGAGACUGUA